AUGUCUCAAAUUGCUGAUCUGAAGGGCUUUGUAAGCUAUGCUUUGGACUGUACACGGUUUCGCCUGGUGCGAGACGAGAAGGAUAUCGAAAACGAUGAGCUCGUUUUCUCGGCAGACAUGGCUCACCAGAUAUUCGGCGAGUCAGAGAGCAUUUUCGGGUAUCGCGACCUAAAAAUCGAUAUUAUGGCUUCGGCUGGUCCAUUGGACCUGUACUUCGACAUCAGCUACACCAAGAAGGUUGAGGAGCUGCACACAGAAGGUUUAAAAGCGGACGACGUGGAAAAGUCAUUGGCAAACUUGGUUGAAAACGGGUGCUACUACACGAACCUGAGCGAAUUUAAACGCGUUAUCGCUUCUAAGGCAGAAACAUUCCAACCGCUAGGCACGAAGGUUGACGAAUUUCGUUAUCCUGUCGACGGUCAAGCCCGGUCAACGCAAGCUGCAACACGUACAUUCGAGGUAUACGUCUCCGGUGCGGAGGACACGGAAUACAUGAAAUUCCACACGAGGCUAGAAUUGUUUUCGUUCUUUUACAUCGACGGCUUUAGUCGAGUGGAGAUCGAUCCUCUCUGGCUAUUUUUCACCAUCUACGAACGUUAUGGUACAGAUAACAAUAACGGCUCAAUAACGGAGAACACAUCGCAACCAAGAUACGCCACCGUUGGCUACGUGAGCGUAUAUCAGUACUAUUCAUACCCCAAUAAAAUUCGACCCCGCGUCAGUCAAAUUUUAAUCCUACCGCCAUUUCAGAAACUGGGCAUUGCUACACGGCUGAUUAAACAUACUACCUACGAGUAUUUCCGCAAGAAGGAUAACGUCACGGAUAUCACUUUCGAGGAGCCCAUAGAGGCGAUCCAACACAUUCGUUCCUUGAUCGACACAAAGCGGUGCAAGGAACUGUCCGCUUUCGCACGUGACAAGCUGUUGGCCGGAUUUUCGCGGGAAAUGCUCCGUCAAGCCCGCGAAAACUACCUAAUCAAUCCGAAGCAAUGCCGCGUGGUAUACGAGAUCCUGCGGCUUGGUGUCACCGACAUCGACAAUGAAGAACAAUAUCGAGCCUACCGGAUCGAGGUAAAAAAGCGGCUGAACAUGAACUACAGCCGCCAUCGACGUGAUCUCGCUCGGGCGAAGAAACGCGGUGUCGAUGUGACGGCCGCGUUAUGCGGGCUGCCCAGCGUGUCCGAACGAAUCGAAUCGCUAAACGCCGAAUAUAAGGAGGUGGAAGAAAUUUAUGGGCAGGUGUUGCAGAAGCUACUAGCCGAAGUUUAAAUCGCCACUCCGUGCGUGAACUUCUUUUAUGUAUACAGACCUCAUGUUUUAUCCGUCUGUUUGUGUUUUGAUUGUUCUUGAAUUUACGACAAUGUUAACAUAUUGAUUGUCUAUCGUAUUCAUUC